AUUAGAGUAGCAAUCCACUAUACUUAUAAACAAGCUACCACAUUAGCUAAAGAUGUUCUUGGGAUGAUGAUAAAUACUCAAAUUUGUGGCCUUACAACUAUUUCUAAAGAUAAAAAGGAUCUUGAAAUAGAAAAUGAAAUUAAAUCUACUAAUUUACAAAAGGUCAAGAGUUUACAAGAAAAUAAAAGUAUUUUUAUAUCUGUAGCAGUGACAGAAGUUAAUAAUUGGAAUAAACUUGAUGCAUUAACUGAAAAGGCUGUUAUAUAUUUUUAUUUAAUAUCUAAUAAGAGUGCAGAGAUAAAUAUUGACAUUGGAGUUGUAAAUGAAAUGUUUGAACUUUUUGUAUUGAUUAACAAUGUUAUUGCCAUGAAGCCUAUACUAGCCAAAGAAUGA